CCCUGAGUAGGUAUGCUAAUCUCAGCCAGAAGCCAAAAACCUUGACAGUGUUCGCCAACAGGAGAGAAACACAAGACAAGCAGCAAACACUAUGUUUCUUACACCAGUGUUUUUAGGGAUCCUUUUCAGCCUCUCACUGAAUUUAUGGCUCUGUGAGGCUGCAAGUGUGAUAGUUUUGGAUCAACAAGAUGUACCAUGUAUCAAAACCGUUGAUACCAAGGUCAGACUUGAGGAUGCAGUACUUCAGGGCAGAAUUAAAUAUGCUGCUAGAAGCUGCAAAGAACUGCAUGAAAAGUAUCAGGUUUAUGAUGAUGGCCUGUACUAUCUGAACUCAUCAAGAGGAGUCCUUUACCAGACGUUCUGUGAUAUGACCACUGCGGGCGGCGGCUGGACACUGGUUGCCAGUGUUCAUGAAAACAACAUGUAUGGAAAGUGUACUGUUGGUGAUCGCUGGUCUAGUCAGCAGGGCAGCGACCCAAACCGGCCUGAUGGUGACGGGACAUGGGCAAACACAGUCACAUUCGGAACAGCUGAGGCCUCUACAAGUGAUGAUUAUAAGAAUCCUGGAUACUAUGAUAUUGCAGCACAAGAUGUGUCUGUGUGGCAUGUUCCUAAUAAUAAUGAGCUGGAACAGUGGUCUGCUACAUCCCUCCUGCGAUACCACACUGAAAAUCACUUCCUAACCCUCUAUGGAGGAAACCUUUUCAAUUUAUUCAAGAAAUUCCCAGUGAGGUUUGGAGCCGGGGCAUGCCUCACUGAUAAUGGACCUGCUAUUCCAAUAGUGUAUGACACUGGAAAUGUGGAUUUCAACAAAAAUCUGUAUGGUCCCAAUUCAAGAACAAUAUUUACACCUGGAUUCAUUGCAUUCAGAGUCUUCAAUACUGAAAGAGCGGCCAUGGCUCUUUGUUCAGGUGUCAAACCAACCGCCUGUCACACUGAACAUUUCUGUAUUGGUGGAGGUGGACACUUUCCUGAGGCCGUCCCUAGACAGUGUGGGGACUUUACGAGCUUCGAUUGGGAUGGCUAUGGUAUUAAUGCAGGAUGGAGUGCUUCCAAAGAGAUGACCGAAGCAGCUGUGCUUCUCUUUUAUCGCUGAAACUCUGAUUAGUCAGCUUCCUUCCUCUCCACACUGAUCAGCAUUCGAAUGUUAUAUACACAAUUAUUUGAUCAAAUGUAUUUCUUUACUAUAUAUCCUUUAUAUCGGUCUGUAAUCUACACAUUCUUGUGUGUAUGGUGAUUGUAACUGAAAUGACAACCUAUCAGAUUUAUUAAGCCAUUUAUGAAGCUUCUGCUAGUUCAUAUCUAACACCUGUCAGUUCUUGGGUUUCUUUUUACACGUGUUCAUAAUUGGAUACAAAUAUAUUAUGUUCAAAUAAAAGCAGUGCAUUGUCAA